GCGUGUGUGUUGUAAUAAUAAGGCGGCGUCGUCUAUCCAGAGAGAAGGGGCUGGACCUGGACCUGGACCCACUCUGGUCCUCCACAGUUCUGAUCCUCCGCUGGACUUCGGGAGUCUGGACCCGCAUCACCACCAAGGUCAGGCCGACUCUAGCGGACCCGGGGAGCCGCAGAGCCCGGCAGCCGUCCAGCAGGUCCCCGGCGGCAGGGAGGCAAGUUGGACCGAACUGAGCGGCACCAUGUAUAACAACCCGGGAACCUACGCCAACAAGAAGAGGAAGAAGCCCGUCCUCAAGCAAAAGAAGAUCUCCAGCAGCAAUGAAGUCGUCAAGUCCAACCCGUCGAAGCGCCACCGGGAUCGGCUGAACGGGGAGCUGGACCGGCUGAUGGACCUGCUGCCCUUCCCCGAGGACGUGCGCUCCCGGCUGGACAAGCUGUCCGUCCUGCGCCUCAGCGCGGGGUACCUGCGGGUCAAAAGCUUCUUUAAAGCGACCAUGAAGAACCACAACGGCAGCCGUCUGCCUCUGGGAGGGAACGGCCAGAACCUGGACACUGCCGGCUUUUCUGAAGGAGACCUGCUGCUCCAGGCCCUGAACGGGUUUGUGUUGGUGGUUACCUCUGAAGGUUUGGUGUUCUACGUCUCGCCGACCGUCCAGGACUACUUGGGCUUCCAUCAGUCGGAUGUGAUCCACCAGAGCGUGUUGGAGCUGAUCCACACCGACGACCGAGCCCUGUUCAGAGAGCAGCUCCACUUUGCUCUCAACCCUCAGCCGGUUCCUCUGGAUGCAGAACUUUCACAGAGCUGUGGAAGUGCUGUGACCUACAGCCCUGAGCAGCUUCCUCCGGACAACUCGUCUUUUCUGGAGCGGAGCUUCGUUUGUCGCCUUCGCUGCCUCCUGGAUAACUCCUCUGGAUUCCUGGCUCUGAAGUUCCAGGGGCGACUGAAGUACCUCCAUGGCCAGAGUCCUUCGAGGGACAACGGAGCGUCUGGCAGGGUCCAGCUGGCUCUGUUUGCCGUGGCGGUGCCCGUCCAGCCUCCGUCCAUCGUGGAGAUCAGAGCCAAGCUGCUCCUCUUCCAAACCAAACACAAGCUGGACUUCACCCCGCUGGGCGUCAACGACAGGGGGAAGAUCAUUCUGGGUUACUCAGAGACCGAGUUGUGCAUGAAGGGCUCCGGAUACCAGUUCAUCCACGCUGCUGAUAUGAUGUACUGCGCCGACAACCACAUCCGCAUGAUUAAGACGGGAGAGAGCGGUCUGACAGUGUUCCGGCUCCUCAGCAAGUCCAACGGCUGGGUGUGGGUGAAGGCCAACGCCAAGCUGAUCUACAAAGACAGACGGCCUGAAUUCAUCAUAGCAUAUCAGAAAGCUAUAUCAAAUGCUGAAGGGGAGGAGUACCUGCGUCAGCGGAGGCUGCAACUGCCCUUCAGCUGCUCCACAGGGGAAGCCAUCCUCUACAACUCGGGCCCCACCGUGGACGUCUCCCAGUUCCAGUUCAACAAAAUGUUCGGCAGCAAAGACCCAAAGAAGGAUGGGGCCCCCAGCUCUUUGUUGGACUGCUUCCUGAGACAGGAUGAAACCAUCUACACCCAGAAGACUGAUUCCCCACUAUCUAUGGACCAGUUGGAUCCCCCCCUACCCGUUGACCAGGUGUUCAUGGACAGCCGUGCCCUAGUCAGUUUUUCCAGUAACGUAUGGCAGGAGCAUGAUGCGGCAGCCCCCACAGGUGUGAUGUUGAAGGAGGAGGCCAAGCAGUCGGUGAUGGCUGUGAUCGAUAGCUUGGAGAAAUUGACCAAAAGUGGAGACUUUGAAACGGUUCUGCAGCACCUGGAGGUGGAUGAUGCAGAGCUGAGAGAGUGGGACAACUGCCUGAAGAGAUUCCACCAGGAGGAGGAGCCACAGCGGAGCUUGGAGUCAGAGCUGGACGACGUCAUCACUGACGACAUCAUUGACUUCAUUGACUCUGUGUUCAAGGAGAAAGAGGAGCAGUGUCUCCAGAUGUCCAGCUGUCUGACUGAGGUUGGCUUCUCCACCCCUGGACUCUGUGAGCCGCAGAUGUUCCAGACUCAUGAUGGCACUUACUCUCCUGUCAACAGUGGCAACGCUAACAGAGAAGGUCCAGUGAUUGGAGGGCAAAGCUUGGUAGGGUCUGUUCAGAUGUUCAGUGCGAACCAGAACCACUCCCACCAGAGCUCCCUGAUCCCUUCGGCUGACGGCAUCUUGCCGCCUCUUCAGCAGCUGCAGCUUCAGGACAUUUUCAGCCCGUCUAUUGAGCUCCCAGAGCUUACUGUUCCUAAAACCUCCACUAAUGAUAAUCUCCCAGUCCUUCAGUCCUGUUGGCAGGCAUCGGUCAGGCCCACCAGCUACUUUCAAGGCAGUUCUGUUCUGGUCCAGCAGCCAAACCAGCUUCUAUUGCAUCACAACAGUCAACAGAGCCCUGCAAUGACAGGGGCCAGUCAGUUUCUCCAGAGUUCUGCUCCAAAACCCAGUGCAGCCAACGUUCUGCCUGCCCUGGUUCCUUGUAGCCAAUUCAGUGCCUCGCACAUUAUGCCUGUUGGCCACCGUGCACCGUGUUUUCAAAGGCCCGGGGCAUUAGAAAAACACAACGGCCCUCAGCUUUGCUCCCCCAGUCAGCUAGAGCUGCCAUAUGUCGGCACAGUGCCGAAUGGACAUGAGACCAUUCCCGCAUUCCAGAGCCAAAAUCCACACAACCAAACGUUCCCAAGUCCUGAACAUUGGCCAGGAAAUGUAAGACUGAACCAGAAUGAGCAGGGGCGCCCGGCAGCCCCUCACAGCAGCUGCAUGUUUGAGCAGCAGUUCUCUUCUGACCCAACAGGUGAAGACAACCUGUCUCCUCCACGUGUCAGCAUGGGCCAGUAUCCUCCUCAGAGCUCCUAUUACUUCCAGUGGAGCCACCAACAAGGAGAACACCAGCAUCCACCAUCUGACUGCACCCAGCAUGGCCUCAGCAGCACACACGCACAACAUCCAACACAACCUGGACAGCAACACACAGACACAGCAGAGUGAUGGAGUUUCUGCUCAGCGCUCCAGAGUGUUUGUCGAUCCUCCUCUGACGGAGCAGGACGGCGGGGACACGUCCACUGCAGGACAACACAACCGCAGUAACUUGAGCUGCUCCAGAGCUUCUCCGUGUAUCAGCUGUCCUCCAGCUGUUGGUCCACAUGAAUAAGAUGAAGUAUGAAUUCACACGUGCAGUUGUAGGAGUCAGCUGGACAACCAAAGAUGCUUUUAUAAGGGAAACUGAUUCAUUCUUAGCAGGCUCCAACAAACUGAACCGUAUAUUUGUUCUUUUUUAACGCAAGCACUAAGUCUUUGUAAAAGAAUUUGUAAUCUGUGUUGAAACACGUCAACAG